CCCUCCUUUGGAGGUUUCAUACGUCUCCUGUGAGCUUGUUUCUUGCUGUUUAUCUGCUUGCAUUACUUGUUCCACACGGUGUAUCUUCUGGUUUGCAGAUAUUGAAUUUAAUUUGUUUGAGUGAAGAAUGGACGGAUCUUGUUCAUCAAUGGAGGAGCUUCAUGUUUUGGCAGUGGAUGAUAACCUCAUUGACCGCAAACUGGUUGAGAGAUUGCUCAUGAGCUCCUCUUGCAAAGUGACUACUGCAGAGAAUGCUCUGAGAGCUUUGGAGUAUUUAGGCUUGGGGGAGGAUGAAGACAACACUUCAAGGCCAAUUGUCUCCAACAUAAACUUGAUAAUUACAGAUUACUGUAUGCCAGGAAUGACAGGAUUUGAGCUACUUAAGAAAGUCAAGGAAUCAUCGAUCAUGAAGGAAGUUCCAGUUGUCAUUAUGUCAUCUGAGGAUAUCCCAACACGCAUUAACAAAUGCUUGGAGGAAGGAGCCCAGAUGUUCAUGCUAAAGCCACUGAAACCUUCAGAUGUCAUGAAAUUGAAGGUCAAUCUGCUCAACUGCAAAGCCUGAAUCCUUGUCUCCUAAACAACAUCCAACUAAGCAUCAAG